UUGUUGCUAAAUUUAUUACUAAAAAUGGAAAAUGACGAUGAUAUUUCCGAUAUACUUUUGAUGGUUACCAUGCUCAACGAGGCUCGUGAAUGCCUCACUGAAAUGGGCAGUCGUCGCUAUUGGGUACGACCACAGUAUCAAGAUCGCGACACAAAAGGUUUUUUUGCUCUACAUUUUGAUAGAAUCUAUAACAGGAAUACGGCUCAAUUCAAAAAGCUUGUUGGAAUGAGCAAGGACAUGUUUGAUUUACUAUUCGGUUUCUUAGAAGAGGGUUUAACUAAAAACUCAAAUAGGCCAUCAAUAACACCUAAGUGCCGGCUGUUUCUAACACUAACUUACUUGUGUCAAGGAGGUACCAGGAAAAUGCUUAGCGUAAAAUUUAAAAUGGGCCUAACAACAGUUAAAAGAAUUAUUUCUGAAACCUGUGAAAUAAUUUGGGAAGAACUAAGGUCUGUUUACAUAUGUCCCCCAAGGGGCAAGGAAUGGAUACCUUUGGCUGAAGACUUUAAGGAGAUGUGGAAUUUACCCAAUUGUAUUGGCUCGGUCGAUGCCAAACUAAUCAAUUUAACUGCAUCCAGUGCCUCCACUUCGAAGAAAAUAAAAAGCAAACAAAACCUUAUUGUCCUUGCCAUUUGUGAUGCCAAGCAUAUGUUUACCAACAUUGACAUUGGACUACAUAACACACAAACUGAUGAUACAACUUGGAAUUUAGAAUUUUAUAAACAGAUGUUAACUGGAAAAAUACAUUUACCCACUAAUGAGGAGCUACCAAACUCUGAUAUAAAUUUUCCAUAUUAUAUGAUAGGAAGUUCAACAUUUCCCCUUAAGACUUAUAUAAUGCGACCUUAUCCAGCAAACCAACUGACACCGGAUGGUAUAAUUUUUAAUGAACACCUGGCAAAAGCACAUAGCGUUACUGAAAACGCGUUCGGCGUUUUAACAGCUCACUGGAAAAUAUUACAGUCUCCUAUGCACAUGAGUGGGUCUUCUGCGGAAGUAAUUAUUAAGGCCAUCGUUUUAUUACAUAAUUUUCUAAAAACUCAUGAUGAUAGUUAUUGUCCACCUGGUUACGUUGAUGUUUACGAAGGUGAAGAUGUGAUAGAAGGCAUAUGGCGUCAACAUGUUACGAAUCCAUUGACAAGUCAUGGACGUAUAGCUGGAAACAACGCAACACAAAAAGCUUUCGACUCAAGGGACUAUUUAAGGUACUAUGUUAACGCAGUUAAGGAAAUGGAAAAUAAUUAAUGUGUAUUUAAUUUAACAUUUUGAGUUUCUCUUAUGACAAUUUGAAAUAACAUUAAACUGGUUUUAUUUCAACUAAAAAAUUUAAUUAAGCCAG